AUCAAAAGGCAGUGAUUAUAGAAGAGGCCAUGAUGAGCCACCCUUCUCCGAUGAUGUUUGUUUUCUCAUAUUAGAAUAUUUGGAUUGGAGAGAAAUUAUCAAAACUUGCUCUUUGAUAUCUUUGCAGUUUUAUACGAUUUGUGGAAGAAUGAAAUAUCGAGUUUCUCUGCCUAGAUUUAAACUCACAAGUGAUGAGGUAAUUAAUAUGGGAACGUGUAGAACAAUUCAAAAUGCUACAUUUUUGGACAUUUCUGGUAACAGUGGUGCCAAUGAUGAAGCAAUUUCAAAAAUCAAAUUGGAAGAAUUGAAAAUAUUGAAUUUAUCAUUCAAUCCUAUUCAAAAUCCAGGAAUUAUAUUUGAAAAAUUCAAAAACUUGGUUGAUUUGGAUAUGAGAGGAAUAGCACUCGAUAGGGAAUGUGUCGAAAUUAUUUCAAAAUGUGAUGAGUUAAAACUCUCUACAUUUAGCUUUCAAAAAUGUGAUAAUGUUGAUGAUAUUAAUCUUUUGUCAAGCAAGGCAAUGAAAAAUAUUACGAGUAUCUAUUGUGGACCCAUUUCAAACGAAGCAAUAACUGCCAUGUGUCAAAAUAUGCGUCUAAAAAAGCUCAAAAUAUAUGGAAUCACCAAUGCUUCCAUUCAAAUAAUUUCAGAAUCAGAAAAUAUGUCACUUCUUGAAACUUUAGUUUUAUUGAAUAAUAGGAUCGAUGGAACAGGACUCCUUUCUAUUGCAAACAGCAAAUUUUUGAACAAUUUAACUGAACUGAAUAUAGCUGCAUGUAAUCCAGUGUUGGAUCCUUUCAAAGAAUUAAUGAAAAGUGAAAAUCUGAAAAAAUUGAAAACUCUGCAGAUCAAUAACACCCUUCUCACAAAUGAACAUGUUAAAGCCAUUGCACAAAAUUUGAGUGAAUUAACAUGCUUGGAGGUGCAUGGCUCAAAGAUUAGACAGAAUGAUAUUAAGACCAUUUCACAAAGUCCUGCAAUGAGAAAUCUUACUGAAUUACGUGUUACCUCUAAUAAUAUUGGUGAUGAAGGACUGAUAUCACUAGCCAAUAGCGAUAAUAUAACUGAACUUAGAAGCUUACUAUGUUUUGGAAGCAUAAUAACCACCGAUGCAAUUGCUACCAUGUGCCUUAGUACUAAUUUUGCCAACUUGACAGAUAUUAGCCUUUCAGAAGUUUCUAAUGAUGGAGUACGAUGUCUCACCCAAUCCAAACAUAUUACCAAGCUAGAGAAGUUAUAUCUAUGCAAAGGAUCAAUUGAUGUAAAUGGUUGUGAAAUGUUAUCCAUGUGUGAAAAUUUGGUUAAUUUAAAGUUCUUACUCAUUGGAAGUAAUCCUCUUGGAGAUGAAGGUGUUUAUGCACUUGUUAAUAGCCCAUAUAUUACCAAACUCCUUGACUUGGACCUAUUCUCUGUUGGUUUGACAGAUGAAGGUGUUAAAUCAAUUGUUCAAAGCAAUAAUCUAAUCCAUCUCGAAAAGUUAUUUCUUGCAUCCAACAAUAUAACUGAUAUUGGUGCUGAGCUACUUGCUGUAGCCUCAAACUUGAAAAAAUUGAAAGGACUACAUUUCACAAACAAUCCAAUUACACAAGUAGGAAAGGAUGCCCUCACUAAUAGUAUUUCUCUCAAGAGGUGCAAUAUUAAAGUUCAGUAAACAACAAGAUAAC